AGCCACCGGCUGCACACGGAGGCUCAGACACCGGACAGCACGGCCGUGUUUGUGUAUGAUGGAGGUGCGGCGGUGACUUCCCUCCACAGCAGCGGGGACCGACAGGCGCACACACCCGGGGAAUGAACGCUCCGUGUGGGGUGGCAGGAGGAGGACAGCAGGACCCUCCAGUGUAGAAUAUAUAUAUUUAUAUAUUUAUAUAUUUAUAUAAACACAAGCUUCCAUCAGUCUGCACUGCACUGCUGGGGAAAUACAGCCUCAGCUGACAGCGAUGUUGCAUUCAGGCUCUCUGCAACGUGGAAAUCCAGCUGAAUAACCGAGACUGCAGAGAAACUGCAGGGAGGAGGGUGGAAACCAUCGCUGGGAGAUGGACUGCAGGGCGGAGUACCCAUCAACAAGUCAUUUCAUUCUGCACAACCCUGCAGCUCGAGGAUAAAACGAGAGGCUGAGAGCGAAGGAGAGCGGCUGUUUGUUGGUAUGACAGUGAGUUUAAUCUCGGUGUGUGAAUAACGAUGACUCCCGUCCUCGCUGUUUGAACAUGCUGCUUGGGUAGCGAAGCCGACCGAGAGGAGCGACUACCCCUCUUACACUCCUGCCCCUCUGGACACACACACACACACACACACACAGAGAGAGAGAGAGUCGGCCCAAUUCAAGCACAACCAUGCUGAUCAAGGAGUAUCGCAUCCCCAUGCCGAUGAGCGUGGAGGAGUACCGCAUUGCUCAGCUCUACAUGAUCCAGAAAAAGAGCCGAGAGGAGAGCUGCGGCGAGGGCAGCGGCGUGGAGAUCCUGGAGAACAAGCCUUACGAGGACGGCCCCGGAGGCUCGGGUCAGUACACGCACAAGGUCUACCACAUCGGCAAACACAUCCCGUCCUGGUUCUGUGCCAUUCUGCCUCAAGCUGCCCUUCGAGUGGAGGAGGAGUCCUGGAACGCCUACCCGUAUACACGAACCCGGUACACCUGUCCCUUUGUGGAGAAGUUCUCCAUAGAUAUUGAGACGUAUUACAAACCAGACACUGGAAAUCAAGUGGAUGUCUUCAAUAUGUCCUCUGCUGAAAAGAGACAGAGGACUGUAGACCCCAUAGACAUCGUAAAGGACUACAUCCCUCCUCACGAGUACCUGGUGGAAGAAGACCCCAAGCUGUAUCAGUCGGUGAAGACCAAACGGGGUCCGCUGUCGGACGACUGGAUCGAGGAAAUCAACGAGAAUCACGGUCAGAGCCCCGUCAUGUGCGCCUACAAGCUCUGCAAAGUGGAGUUCAGAUACUGGGGCAUGCAGUCCAAGAUCGAACGCUUCAUACACGACGUGGGCCUUCGUAAGGUGAUGGUUCGAGCCCACCGGCAGGCGUGGUGCUGGCAGGACGAGUGGUACGGUCUGACCAUCGAGGACAUCAGGCUGCUGGAGCUGGAGACCCAGCUGGCCUUGGCUAAGAAGAUGGCUCAGUACAGCCUCAGCGAGGAGGGGGGAACGGAGACCAACAGCUCCUCCGCUAACCAGGACCAGGAGCAGGGAGCUGAGACUGUGGGGUCGGCUACAGAGGAAGAAGGAGGAGGAGGAGGAGGAGGAGGAGGAGGAGGAGGAGGAAAGCUGGGAGAUUCACUGGAGACACGAGGAGAGCUCACCAAGCAGUGGUCGACAUCCUCCAGAUCCUCCAACAGGUCCUCUAAGAGAGGCGGGAGUCCGUCUCACCAGAACAUUUCAGAGUGGAGGAUGCAGAGCAUCGCCCGAGACUCGGAGGACAGUACGGACGACGAGUUCUUUGACGCUUAUGAAGACUUCUCCGACAACGAGGAGAUGUUUGCCAAGGAGAUCACCAAGUGGAACUCCAAUGAUCUGAUGGACAAGAUAGAAACAAUAGAAGUGGAUGAAGCACAAGAGACGUUGUAUCAGGAGUCGGGCGGGGAGUAUGCUGUGAUGAGUAAUGAAGAGAGGCAGCAGAUGGAGGAUUGUUCGUCUCAGCAGUGUCUCCAACCGUCCAAAAUCCACGUCCUCGUUCUGGUCCUGCAUGGAGGCAACAUUCUGGACACUGGCUCUGGUGAGCAGAACAGCAAGCAGGGAGAUGGAAACACGCUGAGUGGGGCGUUUGAGACCGUGAUGAGAGUCCACUACCCCGCAGCGCUGGGCCGCAUCGCCAUCCGGAUGGUCCCCUGUCCCGCUGUGUGUGUCGACGCAUUCUCGCUGGUCUCCAAUUUGAGCCCCUACAGCUACGACGAGGGCUGCCUGUCCAGCAGUCAGGACCACAUCCCUCUGGCUGCUCUGCCCCUUUUGGCUACCUCCGCACCACAGUACCAGGACGCCGUCGCAACCGUCAUCUUACGAGCCAACCAGGUGUACAGCGACUUCAUCAGGUCUUUAGAGGGAGCGUCUUUUAAUGGCCAGGUGUGUGUCAUUGGGGACUGCGUUGGGGGCAUCCUGGGGUUUGACGCUCUGUGCAGCAGCUCUGUGACGGUGUCAGAAAGCCAAAACAGCAGCAGGCGGGGGAGCACCAUCAGUGUACAGGACACGGACCUUCUCUCUCCGGGUAUUGUCAUAAACAGCGUCUCUCCUUCCUCGCCGUCCCUCGAAGGAAGCCGCCAUCUCAGCCGUAGCAACAUAGACAUCCCUCGCUGCUCGGGGCCCGACGACCCCAAGAGACAACUCCCGCGCAAGCGCAGCGACUCCUCCACGUACGAGCUGGACACCAUCAAACAUCACCAAGCCUUCCUGUCCAGCCUUCACUCCAGCGUGCUCCACGGGGAGACUGGAUCCCGACGCUCCAGCAACAGCACCAUGCUGGAAGGAGGCUCCUUGGGAAAGUUCGACUUCGAGGUGACUGACUUCUUCCUGUUCGGCUCUCCUCUGGGGUUGGUGCUCGCGCUGAGGAAGACCGUGGUUCCCUCGUUAGAUGUGUCCGCGCUGCGUCCGGCCUGUCAGCAGGUUUACAACCUGUUUCAUCCAGCCGACCCCUCGGCCUCGCGCCUCGAGCCUCUCCUGGACAAGCGCUUCCACCUGCUGCCUCCCUUCAGUGUCCCUCGUUACCAGCGCUUUCCUCUGGGUGACGGACACUCAGCUCUCCUGGUUGAGACCGUGCAGAGUAACCCUCAGCUUCUGAUGGAGUCCGGUGGUGCUGCGUCCCACCGCUCCCAGGAUAACACCGUCAAUGAGACCUCGAUCCCCGUCCCCGUCCUCAACUGGCAGUCCUCGCAACUCCACACAGACACGGAUUCUCUUCACUCACAUAUGUUUGUGGACGGCCCGUACCCGUCGUCCACAUCGCCGGGAGUCCCUCACCUCCGUUUCAACCGCAGGGCGAGCGAGGCCAGCAUCGCCAGCCAGGUGUCGGGCUUAGCCGACUCUUACACGGCCUCCAACAUCGCCACGACACACACACACGAGGUCAGCCACACUAAAAGGCCCAGGCUGCUGUCCCAGCUGGCUCUUCCCUACAAUAGAUUUGCCUCUCGGAGCCAGUCCUUGCGGUCGCGCCAGAAAACCCGCCAGGUAUUCCCGAAACCCAACGGCGUGGAGUCUGAGCGGAGCUCGGACGUUAGCUCUGACAUGACCUCUGACCUCACCGAUGUCACGUCUUACGUCACAGACAUCAGCUCGGCGCCCCCGUCGCCCGGGGUGCUGAGGAACAUAGAGAAAGUUGCCUCUCGGUGGUGGGGCAGUAAGAGGAUGGACUACGCCCUGUACUGUCCCGAUGCCCUGACAGCGUUUCCCACAGUGGCUCUGCCUCAUCUCUUCCACGCCUCCUACUGGGAGUCAACAGACGUCGUCUCCUUCUUACUCAGACAGGUGAUGAGACACGAGAACUCCGGUAUUCUGGAGCUGGACGGUAAAGAAGUGUCUGAAUUCACGCCGUCCAAACCUCGUGAGAAGUGGCUCCGCAAGAGGACUCAUGUUAAAAUUAGGAACGUGACGGCUAACCACCGAGUGAAUGACGCUGUGUUCACGGAGGACGGAGCCCAGAUGGUGACAGGGCGCUUCAUGUACGGCCCUCUGGACAUGGUCACCCUCACUGGAGAGAAGGUUGACAUCCACAUCAUGACCCAGCCUCCCUCUGGAGAGUGGGUGUACUUCAACACAGAGCUCACCAACAGCAGUGGGCGUAUCUCUUAUGUAAUCCCCGAGAGCAAAAAGCUCUGUAUCGGGGUGUAUCCUGUCAAAAUGGUGGUCAGGGGUGACCACACAUUUGCAGACAGCUAUCUCACUAUCGUGCCACGAGGAACAGAGUUUGUCGUGUUCAGUAUUGACGGGUCAUUUGCUGCCAGCGUGUCUAUAAUGGGCAGCGACCCGAAGGUUCGAGCUGGAGCUGUGGACGUGGUGAGGUACUGGCAGGAUUUGGGCUAUUUAAUCGUUUAUGUAACGGGUCGUCCUGACAUGCAGAAGCAGCGUGUGGUGGCCUGGCUCUCCCAGCAUAACUUCCCUCAUGGCAUUGUCUCCUUCUGCGACGGGCUGGUUCACGACCCGCUCCGACACAAAGCCAACUUCCUCAAAACCCUCAUCAACGAGGCCCACAUGAGGAUCUUUGCAGCCUACGGCUCUACCAAGGACAUCUCUGUGUACUCGAAUAUCGGCCUGCCUCCGUCCCACAUCUACAUAGUGGGAAGGCCCACGAAGAAAAUGCAGCACCAGUGUCAGUUCAUCCCGGAUGGCUACGCUUCCCACCUGUCCCAGCUGGAGUACAGCCAGAGGUCUCGUCCCGCCAAGUCCGCCAGCACCCGCAUGGUCCUCCGCAAGGGCAGCUUCGGUUUGGGAGCCGCCGGAGGAGAGUUCCUUCGCAAACGCAAUCACAUCUUUCGCACCAUCUCGUCUCAGCCCGGAGGUGCGGGGUCGGCCUCUACCAACCAACCUGGGCGGACUGAGCGCACGCUGAGCCAGUGCGAGAUGGAGCGGGAUCGUGGGAUCGGGGUGGCAACCCAGAGGAGUAUGAGCAUAGCUGCCGGGUGCUGGGGCCGCAGUGGGAGCACCAAGGAGGGCAGUGGGGGGUUACUCAGCCCUAAAUAGGAUUCAAAAUGGAGCUGUGGUGUUAAAGGACCCGGCCUAAGCCACCAUGAUCUCUGGACUAGACAAAAGGUGGAAGACGAGGAAGUGGAUGGAGGGUUUGUAUUUUAGAGAUUAAGCUGAGGUGGAUUGAUGGUUAGAGAACAGGGAAGGAGAGGUGGCGAGGGAUCUGUCCAGGAGGAGUGGACUAAUCAGGCCAAGUGGGAUCCAGCGAACAAAAGACAGUUCUGUAGCAUGACUCUUUUACAGUAAUACUUUUAUAGGAUACAUCACUAACUAUUUAAAGAAAAAAAAAAACGAUAAGGAAGGAUUAAAUGAAAUAUUGCAAGCCUUAAACUGAUCUCGUAUAACGGGACAACGCCCCCCACCUCCCCUCUCCGAACACACACAGACACAAACACACACACACACAUACAUACAUACAAUACCAGUCUGUCCUAGCAUUCACACUCAUGAGCUCAGGACAAACUGCAGAGCCAGAUUCAUCUUCAAACAGGUCAGGCACGGGUUCAAGGCAAAAAGCCAACGACUUUCACUUCUGUUUCUGUCCCACUACCUGCUGAGCGACGACACUCCACCCAGCAGUGACUGGCAAUAACACAGGAGGAAGGAGACGGUUCAUCCAAAAUUACAUAAAAGAUAAACAUAUUUUCUCACCUGCCUCUAGUGGGAGCGAGACAUGCAAGAUAGUUGUGGGUGUAUUUGUCCUGGAUUUGAUCCGUCUGAGAUUACCACCUCCACCCCCAAUACUGUAAAUGAGAACUGAUGAUUAUACAGUGAUGGUCUGUCAGUCAGUUGACCAUCACUCUUCAACAUUUGGAUGGAUCGCCAAUGAAUGUUCGUUCUUCUUUUAGAGAAAAUAUACCGUCCAUUUUUACGUGAUUCAGCAGAAACAGUUCCACACAGCGGCAUUUUUGUUACUUUAUGAAAAUGCCUCAACAGCCAAUACGGUUGCAACCAGCAUUAGAUGGACAGUUAUCAUUGGCCCGACCAGAUCCAGGACAGGAGGAAAUCUGUCUGAAUUGGGGGGUGGUCAGUGCAUUUGUGUGGUUUGCAAAAAACACACUAAACUGGUAAACAUGGUUUUGAUAAAACCAAACUACCUGCAUGGAUAGAUAACAUGAGAGACAAGUGAGAAAAUCUGUAUUUAUUGUAAUUUGGGUGAACCGAUCCUUUAAACAUCAUGAAAUAUAUUGUAUCAGAGGUGAAAGUCCUUAUUGUCUUAGUCACAGAACAAUUCAUGCUACAUAAUGCUAGCAGGUCGCUAGUGCGGUUUUUCAUUCCAGCGUGUGUGAGACUCUGUAGUAUUAUCCCUUUCAGUGUGGCCUCUGGGCCAUCCAAGGCCUUAAUAUCCACAAAGACACUUGCUCCACCGAUGGAACAGAAAGCAGAAAAACAGGGCAUGCAGCAUUAAAGCAACAACUGAAACUCUGUACAGUCCACAGCAACAAUCCCUUUAUAUAUUCAUCUGCUUGCAAUACCUCUGAUCCACCUGUUGGUGGUGUUAUGUUUCCCACAUGUGCUGCUGCUGGGAGACACUUGUGUGGUGUUCCCCCGACUUCUUGCUCUUUUUGCUCGUAGAAUACGCAACAGGAUGGGACCUGGUUGUUUCUGCUGAGGGGCCUGUUUCAUUUCAGGCUGGACCCUGUCGGAGAGAUGGAGGCAGUAUUUCCACACAGCUUUCACUUACAGAGACCUGUUAAUCUUUCAGUAUUUUUACCAAAUGGACUGAAGAAAGGACCAGAAGUUAUUGAGCAUGAAUGCUGAAAAGAGACAGGAUUCCCCCAUGAGAGCAAACAUCAUUUCAUUGCUUCUGUCUACUGAACUGUAUAUUUUAAUACAAAGGGAACGUAGAAGAAGAAGAAGAAGCCUCCUCAGUCCAAAAACACAAACGUGUGCACAAAAUGGUUUUUCCAGUGCUGAUGCCACCCAAGGUUAGUCCGUCUUAAAUCAGUGGUCGGAAACUGUUCCUUGCUGUAAUCAUUCAUACGGGCCAUUAAAAGAUUUCUAAUGUGUUUCCAGAGUAAGUGAUCAGGGACAAAAUCCACCCUUAUCUGUGCAAAACUUUACAUGAAGCUAAUGUAAAGGUUCUCUGAGUUACAGGGAUCAGGAUCAGGUUUCAGGAUGCGUCACAUCUGCUACGGUUGACAAAUUACUUACUGCUGUGUUCAGUCUGAAAAAAUGCUAUUUUAAAUUUCUGAUUCUUAAACAUGUAGUAGGAAUUUAGGAUAAGGCCUUAGAAUGGUUUAAAUCAUAAUUACAACAUAGAUCAGUAUCAAUUAUGAUUGAUAAUGUUUCGUCCUCUUCUGCUAUGUCUCCUGUGGUGUAUUUUUUUUUGUUUUAUUUUUCAUUAUAUAUGCUUCCACUGGGCUCUGUGCUUUAAAAUUGAACUUAUACGCUGACGACACACAGCUAUACUUAUAUAUAUAUAAACAAGCAGAAAAACAUAAUCUUUAGUCUCUUUUAGGCCGAGGUUUUUAAAUGAUCAGUAGUGUAGCAAAUUCUCUUUGUCCUCUGUCUUCAAAUCUGCACACUCAAUAAUGCUCCUAUGGAAAUGUAUUGAUAUACCAUCCAGCUUGUGUGUGCUUUUAUAAACAUUUCCCAUGUUGACUGUGUUAACAAGUUCUGUCAUUAGCCAUUAGCAGUAGUUUUUUUCCCCAAUUAGGUUGAUCUUUAUACUAAAAAGACAAACUUGGAAGAUAUUCACUUAUGUUUUCUUACUGUGAAAGCCUCAUGUUAUCUUCAGAUAAACUUUAGAAUACAUUUUUGCACAAAAUUAGUAUUUUACUUUCCAGAGGAAGCACAUUAUGGAUCUUUUAAUGGCAGGUAUGAACAGGAAAGGUCUCAACGUUUAAAUGGACACCUGACUAUUAUUUUAAGACUGAGUGGGAAAAUUAAACCUGCAUUAUAGUUUAAACCCAUGGAAGCUUUUGGAGUAAGGAUGUGUGGAGCGGUUGUACCUCUUGUUCACUCCAUUUUACUAUGCUGUUUUUUUAUGCCCAGCUUCCACACUACACAAGAGUGUCUGUUCCCACUCUCUGUGUGAUCAGCAAUGUCUUCAACCGCACCACGAAAGCCAAAAUCAUUCUCUAAAUACUGUAGUUAAUCAACUGUGUAACCUCAUUGUUGUUUUUUGCACUAGUUUACGGUGGAAAUAUACUGUAGUUACCAUCUCAUGUUGCUACAUUUAAACACCUCCGUAGUGCAUGACACUUUUUGUUAAUUUCAGGGUAAACUGUAUGUGCAGGUACGCACAUGUCUGUACAUUUUGUCAAGAUAUGAAAAUAAUGUAAAGUAAAUGUGCCAAACAGUAGAAAGUAUUUAGACCAGGGGUUUUAUCAAAGUCUGGCACUGUGGGUCCCCCCUCGGAAACACUCCCUGACCUCCUAUUCUCCUGUUCUUGUUCUUUGUCUUUGAUAGAUAAUCAUGCUCUCUAAGUUUUGGAGCUGCAGUUCCCAUGAUUUUUUGCGAGAUGUAAACAGGAAGUAAAAUGUUGCUAUGGAUCCAGUGAGUUAAGCUACAAUAGCUACAACUGGCACCAUUAAAAGAAAGCUGAAUUAGCUAUUAGUGGUUCCUGUUUGCAAUUUACCAAUUGAUGUACAGACAGCUAUCACUGGAUUACUUUGAUACUGAAGAAAACUUAAAAUCGUGAUGAUUCUCAGGCAAGUUAAGAACUGUCUUUUGUCUAUGAAUUUUAAGCAUAUUUAUGGCUGUUUAAUCCCAAUGGACAUCAGAGAUACCAACAUAAAAAGAACGUUUAAGUCACACUGAAUCUUAAAAUAUGUGUAUAAAGUCUGCAUGCGAUUUUGACGCAAUUUGCAGCGACCGUGGCGCUAACGGUUCUGAAGGUCCAGUGUGAUGGAUUUAGUGGCAUCUAGCGGUGAAGUUGCAGAAUGCAACCAACCAAAUACCGCACAGCCUUGCGAGCGAGUAGGAGAAACUACGGUGGAAAAACACGAUAUCUGUCACGCUAUGUCUGGUCUGCAGACAUGGCAGACUCUGCAGAAGAGAUAAAAACGGCUCAUUCUACGGUAACAAAAACACAAAGAUUCUUAUUUCCAGGUGAUUAUACACUCUAAAUUUUACACACCGGAUCUUUGAAGUACCUUUUUUGCCUCCAUGAGCUGUGUGUUACAGCAUGCACUUGCCCAACGAGGCGAAUCACAGUUUUGAAAACCCCUGAUUUAGACAGUAUCCAGCCUUUUUAUUGUAGUGUGCUGAGAGCAUUACGUACCGCUUUGACUGGAUUUUUACGACUGCCCCUUUUUAAUCCGAUAUUGUCCACGUCUGAGAACGAAAAGUGGCUUUAACAGAGAACUGAAGAUGUCUUUUAAACUUUGAAUUGAGAGCAGAGGUCGGGGCGUGUUGCUGUAAUCGUGGACAAUAAGCUAUUUUGCAAGAGGUCAUGGACUUUUUAGCUUUGAGUUUGUGGGAGGUUUCUUUUGGCUGCAAAACACAUUGUUCCCCCCUCUGGCCGAUCGGCUGCUGAGUUGAAUGUCCGCUCAUUUGGAUUCUGAGACUGUUCAGGAGUCAUGGAUGUGUCAGUGUACAUACUGUAAAGAUGUAUAUGUAGGACUUAUAUGUUUGAGAGUUAUUUAUUUACCUAAAGAUCAUGAUGUUACUCUGGAAAAUUUCAGGUGAAAUAUAUUUGAAAUAUGUAGCAUUUUAUUUGUCACUCUGGCGGUCAUUAACGCUACGGACCAACACAGGAAAGGUUUUAUGUUUUUACCAGUGCAAUAUUAUUGUUCCAAUCACAGCCAGGCAGAACCACUAUCACAGCAGGGGCACAAUCUACCACGAUACAAGCUACAGGCAAUUCACAGUCUGCAAUCAUCACACACACACACACACACACACCACCUGCAGUUGUGUUUCACACCUCGUGAAAACUAUUUGUAUUUAAGCUACUGUUGACCUCUGCUGUCUCUUUACAACAGUCAACUGCUGAGCAUUUUAUAGGACUAACUGUACCUAUUUUUCAAACUGGAGUAUUUUACAAAACCUUUGAAAUAUAACUGGAGACUGGUUUUUCAGUCAGCGGGUGCAUGAAAAAGUGAAACCCCAUUAACAAAGCAGCUCUAUUUAACAAGCUGUUUGCAUGUCAUCCAGUCAGAUUGGAACUACUUAAUCUUCAUGCUUAACAGUAAUAAACCAGUUGUGUUGUCCACUAUGUCCUCACUGUUUAAUGAAAUAUAUAUCAAAACGUUCUGCUGAUUAUAUUUGAGAUUAUUGCCACAUUUGGAUGAGGAGAAAUACGCUUAGAGACCUACAGAGGUGUUUUAAAAUUCAGUAUUAGUUUUUAGUUAUGGACACUUUUCUGAUAAAACACCCUUUUAUGCAGUGAAAAAAAAAGUUUUAUUAAUGGUUAAAGGAAUGAUUUUAAUUAUAUUUUCCGACAGAGAGAAGAUCGAUAUCACUUUCAUGUCUGUCAUGUCUAGGAAACACCUAGCCUGGGUCCUGGUUAAGAAAUAAAGUGGCCCUUUUACGCUUCAGAUUUUGAAUGAAUUAAACAAAGAAAAGAUGUAGACGGGUUAAUUAGUGAACUUUUUACAAGGAUUUUAUUGCCUUCAGACAGCCGGUUGUUUACCCAUAAGCUAAGGCUGUAAAAAAUUCUGAAAAAAUCCCUCUAGUUUAACAGUUUGAUCACUUAUUUCUAUAAAAUCCAUUAAAUUAACAUUAAACUUACAACUGCGGACAGAUUAAUUCUUUAUUACCAAUUAACAUUUAUAACUGCAGAAUUGAUGAAAGGAUUACAAAUAUUUUAAAUACAAAUAUUAGCAAAUAAAAAAAAACUGUUUAUAUUUAUGGAUUAAUGAACCAUAAAUAAACUAUAAAUCCUGCAUAAAGGGUCGCCUUAUUAUUAAAGUGUACCAACAUUUUAUACGACUGUUUAUAAAUCCCAACACUGGGAUGUUACUUCGUGGUUAUCCAGCUGUAGGGUCAGUCAUAUUUAUGACUUUAAAUAAAACAUCACAAAUAUUAUAGAACUGUAUGUUUGUGACAUAUAUUAAGCUGUCAAAAGUUAUGGUGGCAAUAAUUCAUUUAUAUUUUGGAUAUAUGCAGUGUUUGCGAUUAGAUUCAUGCUCAAAUUUGAAAGUAUUUCAACAACACUUUGUUUUAACUCCUUUUGUUUAGCAUUUAUAAGCAGUAAUACACACAUUUUAACACACUAUAAUGUAGUUGUAAGCAAUUAUAAGGGCAGUUAUUAAGGUUUUUAAAUGUAUUCGUAACAACUGUUAAGUUAAUAAACUAUUUUAGUUUUUUAAUCAACCUUUAGUAUAUUAUACAUACAUACACACACAUAUGUACAUACACAAUCAUACUCCUACAUAAAAAAACAUAUAACUACUAAGAUAUGAAAUGCUUUAUAACACUUCUAUUAUGCAUCCUUUUGUUUUAAAGCAAUAAUUUACUGUUUAUAUUCGCUACAGAUGCUUAAAUUAAUACUGUUAUAACUGACUGCAACUCAUUAAGUGUUAAUAUACUGCUUCUAAAUACCAAACAGGGCUUUACAAUGAAGUGUUUACAGUAUUUCUCUGUAUUCUGUUAGCAGCUGUAUUACAGAAGGUCAUGAGCUCUUUUUACGUGGUUCGAUUGGAAAGUGUUAUCCUUUCAUUCCCGACAUUGACAACCACUGAUGAAAGCACUGUGUGUACUUUGAUUAACAACAUUAGUAUCAGGAUUACUUCUGUUGUUGUUCUCAGACUGAGGAUACAGUAGAUACUGAUGUCUCCUAGUUCAUAUGUGUUCGGGCAGAUCGGGCCGACCUCUGCCCGGCCCUCGGCUCUCUCUACCAUUGUCUGUACUGUGGAAUAAAUACAAUUGGACGGUAACUCAA